CCAGUGUAUAUAUGUCGAUUAAGUUAAUGCUACAGCCCCAAAAAUAUAUAUAGUUUAGUAUAAGUCCCCAGUCCUCUAUAGCUACUUCUCUCAUCUAAGUUACUGUUUUCAAUUGUGUGGACUCGUGCACAUGCACUCCUUUUUGUAUUUUUACUCUUUUUUGUUAUGUGUUGCAGAUGUCCUCUCAAUCUCUGCAAGUUGGCCUAGGAAAAAUGAUACGGAAGCCUGCUACUGCAACAACAAGACCAUCCAAAUCAGCUUCUCAGCUACCAUCACAACCAGCACUGAGACCAACUUCUUAUGCAGCACCCAUGCCACAACAACUGAACUGCCAUUUGAAGAGCCACAAGUUGAUCAACAUCCUACAGCUCACAACUCAGAGAAUUCCUCUACCCCUGCUGAAUUGAAAAAAACACGUGGCAAAACAACUGGGAAAGGUAUGAUUGAGAUGAUUGCUAGCAAUGGCAACAAGAAGGUGGAGAUAGUAUUUGACCAGGAGCAUUGGGUCCCAAAUACUGAGUACAGCAAUAAGAAGUUCACUACCCCUAUAGGGAUUGAGGUUCGAAGUCGAGCUCCGGUAUGUUACCGCGGAUGGAAUAAGAUUCCAGGAAAUAUUAAGAGGACACUACGAGAGGGAUUGACGAUACACUUUGACGUGGAAAUAGAACAUUCAAAAAUUAUCUAUUUUGUGGAUGAUAAGAUGCGCUCGGCGUAUACUCAAUUCAAGUGGAAGUUGCACGAUCACUACCAAAAAUGUGGCACACCUGUUUGGGGACGAGCCACACUUCCUCCACCUGAUCUAUGGGGUGAGAGAUCGACAGAGGAGUGGCAUUGGCUAUGUGAUAAACUCUACACCGAUCCAAAAUAUAUUGAUAAAUGCGAGAAGAAUUCAACUAGCCGAAAGAGACAAAGGAGUACGCAUCGUGGCGGAGCUAUGCCUUUCAUUCAACAUGCUUUGAGGACAGCCAAGGAGGGCAAUCCUUUGUCUUUCAUAGACAAUUGGGCAGCUAUGUAUCAAGAUUCAAAUAGCAAUUGGGUUAGUGAUGCUGCACGUGAUAAAUAUGAUCGACUGAAAAAUAAGAGAGAAGAGCAUAAGGAGAAACUAACCCUGGAGGCACCAGAGGGUACUCCACCAGAAUCUGUACAAGUUACUGCGCGUGAUGAGAUCAAGGACCAAAAUAUCGAGAGUAUAUUGAGAUAA